CAUCAUUCCAUCAAUUGUUACCUACUUCCUUUGUCCUCUUUCCUUUUGAAUGACUGUGAGAGAAAUUCAAUCCUUCUCUCAAGAAAAAUAAUAAAGUCAAUCGAAAAACUCCACACCUCAUCCCCACGCGGAGAAGACCUUCUCCAGUAAAUCGGAAUUAAACCCCAAAGAUGGACGUGGGAGGCGCUUUUGCAACUCGCCAUGUGGCACCGAGCGAUUCAAGAUUACUGAGCAAUCUAAUCAAAGCAGAACGUAAUUAUAUCACUCAUCUACGUUCAAGCGUAAAUGCUGCUCAUGGUGCAAGUUCAUCUUUAUCCGCUUGGGGAACGAGUGAAGCACCAGAUGUGGCAGAUGCAAGUGGAAGGCUUGCAAAUCUUUUGAGUGCUUGUGCAGAUGUGCAAAGUACGCAUGUUGCUGCAAUUGAAGGUUAUCGUGCUGCUUUGAAAGAUGUUGCUGAUCGUGAAGCAUCAAUUCGAACCGUUUUUCGUGAUCGGGACAUCUUGGUAAGCCGAUUGAUCAAAGCAAGUCAAAAGAGUGCAAGUGCAUCCAGCAAGAAAUCACCAGAAGAAAGAGCAGAAAAAGUUGCAAAAGCACAACGUGAAUUGGCUGCAUGCGAAGAAGUUUUGACUGUUGAAGAAGCUGCUCUGGUUGGAGUGAAAAGAAGAACGUUCAAAGAAGCUUUAACCAUGCGCAUGAAGACCAUGGGUGAUGCCGGUGCUGCAAUGGUUGAUGCUGCUAAAGAGGCAAUCCUUUUGCUCGAUCAAUUUGACAGUACAGCUUAUCAGAUGCCCAUGAGCCCAAUCGAACCUUAUGAUGAAUCCACUCUUCAACAUCAACAAGGUAUGACACAAGACACUUUGCAUCCGUACCAUCAGUAUCAUCAUCAAUACAACCAAGGUGCAGACGAUCAAUACGCUGUCAAUCAUCCAAACUUUGAGAAUUCAUCAGUCACACCUUCGCAAUCUGCGUCCCAGGUCUAUCAACCGAACCAUAAUCGCGAUUCGAUGAUGUACAAUGCUCCUUUUGGUGUUAUAGCAGAAGGUGAUGGAAAUCACGUUGCACAACAGCAAAAUAACGGCAACCCAGAAGAAUACGACAGCGAUGAAGAAGAUUGGCGGAGGUCAUUCGGCGGUGGACAAGGUGAGAAUGCGCAGCCAGUAAUGGUUCAUCAAGGCGUCGGCUCCGUUUUGCCAGCUCCACAUCAAUUGGAUAUGAGAGCGGGUACGGAAGCCGAUUUUGUACCACAUAUGUUUCCUGUUCACUCUUCACGUAACAAUGAUGCUCAACACUACAACGCCAGUCCAGACAUGAACAACAUCCAAUCUGCCACACCUGCACCCACACCACCGGCCAAAGACGAAAGCAAGAGAUUGUCACGCAAUUCAACAAUCAAGAAGUCAAAGCGAACAGAGGCGGAAGAUUCAGUGCGCAACAAUCCUAAUCAACUCAAUUACGUAUCCAUGCCUCCCAUCCCCACCGCGCCCAGAUUGAAUAGCAAUGGUGUCAAUCUUGCACCAAUUCCAACCGCCCCUAAAUUAUACAUGCCAGGAGCAUCUGGCGCUCAAGAGGAUUCUUCUGAUGAAGAAGAGCAAAGAAGGACUGUUGCCCAUCGUGGAGGCGGCAGCGAUUGGACGUCGCGCAAUCAAUAUAAAAGGGAGGAAGAUGGACAUAGCUCCGACGACGGUACUGCAAAAGCAAGCCGUUUGAGUGGUAAUAGGAAAACAAGCAUCUUUGGAAAAAUGGGUCGUCUAUUCAGAGGUGAUCCAAAGAAUGAAGAAUCACGAACAUCUUCAAGCAUUGACGCUCGACCAAAAAGAAGUAGCUCUCAAUGGGAUACCAGAACGGAUGCAAAUAUUCGGAGCAACUACAAAGUGCACGAUCCAUCAUCAUUGCAGAGAAGACAAAGUGCUCUCAGUAAGCCUCUAGUCCCAACGCAAGAAGAUAGCAGUGACGAAGAACAGGUCGACGAGCGAAAGUUGGUGCGUAAUGUCAACAAAGGACCACCUUUAUGGCAAACGCAAAAGUCCAAUUCCGACAUUGGAACGAGUAAAAGUCUCAUCAAGCGACCUGCAUCGUUACGCAGGACACCAAGUGCAACGAUCAAUGCCGGUCCAAUGAGCUGGAAAGCACAUCAAGAAGCAGAAGAGAAAAAGAGACCAGAAAGUAUGGUCGGUCAUGCAUCCGCUCCUGAAGGCCUCUCAAGAUCUUCAACGAUGAUCUCCACAACGCCCUCGAAGAAAAAGAAGAAGAAAGUAAAGAGCAUAGCUUCGAAUGAUGGAGGUAGCGAGAUUGGCACGCAAUCAACACGCUCAAAACCUCUUGCAACUGCAGGAUCUCGCAAUUCGGUGAUUGUGACUGGUGAUGCUUCUAGUGGUGUUCGUAGAAGUGAUAGCUUGAAUUACGGCGCAAUGCGAGGAACAAAGGAGAAGGAGAAGGAAAAGGACACUUUGGCUAGACGAAGCUCGAAAAGGUUGAGUGCUAUGUCAACGCAGCAAAUCCAUGGACAUGGCAAUAAAGUAGGUGCAAUGAGUUCAAUUGAUCCUUCAGGCAAAUUUGCAACAAGUAAUUGGGUCGCCAAGAGCAAUGUGAACGAGGAAGAAGAAAGCAAGCCGAGCGCCACACCGGCAGCACCUGUCAAGCCAACGGCAAGACAUGCUGUUACCGGUCAAACACCCAAAGCUGCUACUCCAAAACCACAAGCUACUUCCACAAGUGAACCACCCAAACAUGUUCCGCAACCGUCCAGAACGAUGAGUCCUCCUUUGAAGCCGGCCUUGAAGCAGGGAACUGACCUUACUCGUUCGGGAAGUACCAUGUCAACAGGAGCACCAAUCCUGCCCAGCAUUCCUGCACCAAUCUCAGCUCCUCCACCUGCAUCAACGUUGUUGGACAAACAAGGUGGAUCAAAUUCGGUUGCCUCUAACCCUUCCUCCCUUUUGAGUCUCGAGCAAGACAAGAAUAUCGAUGGCACUGGCAGAUUGAACUUCUCUUCACUCAAUGAAGGAGAUUCGAGCAAAGAUGAAGGAACGGUAAAAGUACCCCGAACUGCAUUGCCGAGGAUCGAUAUGCCUGCUUCUGAACCGUUCAGGGUUGAACUUACCGAUAAUGGAGGAAAAGGAAAAGUUAGCACACCACAGAAGGAAGGCGUACCUACCUUUAGUAAUGGAGAACCACUUUUGACACCAAAUGAAAGAAAGGCAUACCAUGAAUUCAUGUCAACCGGAGAAAAUGACGAUGCAAAGAAGGUUGCAGGUCAACCUGAAGGCGUGACAAGAACCACUGUCGCUCGUGCUUCUGUGGGAGGAGGAGUUCUGGGUCCGAAGAAUAUCCCACCUCCCCAACAACAACAGAAGCAGCAGCCUCCAGCUGAAGAGCCUGCAAAAACAUUGGCAACUCAUGUCCCUCCGAAAUUGAGUAGAAGCUAUUCUGGAGAUAUUCCAUUGAGCGAUAGCAGCAGUGACGAGGAGGAGAUCAUCAGACCUGCUAAGCCUGUCGACACACCCGCCAAAGCGAUCGAUCAUCAGCAUACUGGAACAUCUACUGCAACAGCCACCAAGCAACCAGCUUCGAUUUUAAGCAAUAGUCACUUGCAUGCCGCUCAUGGAGGUGAUGGAAACGAACGAUCGCCAGAAGGAAGUGGUGUUGGUAGUACGGUGAGCAGAAGAAAGAGUGUUCGUAUGGCUCCCGACGUAAAAUUACCACCAGAAACGCCACCAGCAGAUACACCAAAGGCAUUCGGAUCUCAACAAUCUUCAGGCAGCAAGUUGAGCAGCCGUAUUGCUCCACCACCACCUGCACCUCCACGCAUUACAGCGCAUUCUGAACGUCCGAUCGAUUUGGGCGCAAUGCCUGAACGUACCGGAUGGUCAACGCGAAUUGGCAUGUCAAGAACGGAUGAUAGCAGUGACGAAGACAAUGACGGAGAAGGAGAGGAUGCAUAUGCGGCCGCAAGAAGGAAUUUCGGAUCGAUCAGUAGAAGUUGGGGAAAAGCAAUGGGCAAAUCAGAACCAUCAGAGCCAGCCAGUGGAGGAGGAGGAGGAGGAAGUAAGGCUGGUUCGAUCAAAAGGAAAAAGAAAAAGUCUACCGGUCCUACUAAUUCCGGAUACAAUCCUGCUAUUCCUCUACCUGUAGGUAUGGAAGUCGUUGGAAGAAGUGCAAGUCGGAAAGGCAAGUAAGAGCACCAAUUUUAGUGACUGUCUUUUACUCUCACACAUAAUCACAUUCAUUUUGUUUCGUAAAACUUUACUCUCUCUUUCUUAUUGGAAAAGAAUGACAUACCCUUUCGUUCGAGUCUGAAACACAUGAACCCAAGUGAUCGUGAGCUCUUCAUAUGAAUGUCCGGAUAGAUAGCUACAAUGCUGAUUGAAUUUAAGCUGCUCGGCCUGUUCUAUUCUCUUGCUGCUUGUUUGCUGUUUGUAUCACGUACACACCAUUUGACAAUGCAUCAAAUAUCUAUUAUAAAGGCAAUACCGUCUCUAAAAGAGCGACUUGCGGCUCGCACUAUAAUACACAAAGAAAGAGCCCAUCUCAAACUCUCUUC